AUGAAUUCAUCUGUUGCUCUUGUUUGGAGAACUUUGUGUUCACUUAGCAUUCUUUCACUUGCUCAUUGUGCUUAUAGUGCUGCUCAGCAUCGUUCAUAUCUUCGUUUAAUUGGACAACCAUUUACUUGUUUACCAAUAGAUUUGUUGUUUCAAACAAUUAUUAGUCUUUUAAUUGCGAUGAUUUCUACAGCUUUUGUUGUUGGCGAAUUUCAACCGAUUCGAGCUGAUUUUUUGACUUCAAAAAAAUCUUGGGAUACAAUUGGUAAUUGCCCUUCUUUUUAUAUUUUUGAUCAUCGUGGAAAAUGUUUAUUGCCUAAAUUUGAGGUUGAUGAAAUUUGAGGACGAAAUUUGAGGUUUAUUUUAAAGAGACAGAUCUCUUUCUAGUCUUUUUUAUAAUUAUUUGUCCAAUUGAAAAUUUGUUUUAGAUAGUUAAACCUCUCUAAAUUUUUUGACUUUUUGUGGCUAUUUUUAAAAAAUAUUAUUUUAAAUAAUUGUGUAUAGAAUUUUAAAUUUACAAAUUGUCGAAGAGGGCUCUGCUGCUUAAUUCCUUCUAAUUUUUUCCUUAGCAAACAUUUCGAUCUCUUGUGACGUUAUCUUUUUGGAUUUAAUUAGACCUCCUUUAUUUAUCAAUUUUUAUUUUCCCUAUUUCCUUAAUAAAUUCAAUUCUAUACACAUUUAUUUAUUAAUACAGUCAA